CGGCCGCAGUUUGGUCAGAUUGUGAAAACUCCCAAGAAGCGGGGAGUAAGUUACUAAGCCUUCAUAGAGAAGAAAAAAAAGCCAAAUACCCUGAAAUAGAAUAUAAGCAAAAAGAAACAUCUACGGACGUCCACACGGAAUACAUUUUUAAGUAAUAUAUUAAUAAAUUGUUUAUGAAGAAAGUAUUUAUCUACUUUUGUAUUUGCACUAUUUGGCUACCGUUAGCAAGCUACUCCGGCUGAAAAUAUUUUUAUGUGCCCUAAUGAGCAGAAGCAUUCACCUGCAGAAAGAAGGGCAUUUCUCUGCAACCAGCACUUUCCCAUUUUUUUUAAACCAAUUUUUUUUUUUUUUUAACGAAGUAGUCAUUUUGUGAGGCGCCGCCUACUCAAGCCUUUCACAGCACUUGGGAGUUGGGGUAGAAGAAAUCCAAACUGAGGGAAAAUCUUUUUGCAUGGGAAGUGGGGCAGCUAUGCAGCUGGAGAUCCAGGUAGCGCUGAAUUUCAUCAUCUCCUAUUUAUACAACAAGCUCCCGCGCCGCCGCGUCAACAUCUUUGGCGAAGAGCUGGAGCGGCAGCUCCGGCAGAAGUAUGAGGGGCACUGGUACCCCGAGAAGCCCUACAAAGGCUCCGGGUUCCGCUGCAUCCAUGUGGGAGAGAAGGUGGACCCGGUGGUGGAGCAGGCGGCCCGAGAGAGCGGACUGGAGAUCCAGGACGUGCGCAACAACCUGCCUCAGGACCUGAGCGUGUGGAUCGACCCGUUCGAGGUGUCCUAUCAGAUCGGGGACAAGGGGCCCGUCAAGGUGCUGUACGUGGACGACAGCGGGGAGGCCAGCUCGGAGCUGGACAAGGAGAUCAAGAGCAGCUUCAACCCGGAGGCGCAGGUGUUCCUGCCCAUCGGGGAUCCUGCCGGCACCUCGCCCGCGUCCAGCUCCCCCUCCCCGCCUUUCGGGCGCUCGGCCGCCGUCAGCCCCAGCUUCCCGCCGCGCCCGGCCCCGCCCCUCACCUUCACCACUGCCUCCUUCGCCGCCACCAAGUUCGGCUCCACCAAGAUGAAGAGCAGCGGGCGCGGCGGCGCCAAGGGAUCUCGCUCCUCCCCCACCGGCCUGAAAGCCCCGCCCACAUCCCUGCCCCCACUGUACGGGCCGCCGCCGCCCCAGGGCUCCGCCCUGUCCCCCAAUGCCAAGGAGUUUGUGUUUCCCAGCAUGCCGGGGCGGGGCCAGGGCAGCGAUGGGCCCCUGCCAUACAGCAACACCUUUGACGUGUUCGCAGCCUACGGUGGCCUGAACGACAAGUCCCUCAUGGACAGCCUGAACUUAAGCCUCAACAACAUGCAGUAUUCCAACCAGCAGUUCCAGCCAGUCAUGGCCAACUAACCAGGGGAGAGGGGGAACGCACAUUUAUGGAAAAACUAAAAAAAAAAUACAGAAGAAACAUUAAUCCCUGUGGUACGAGUCAAUGUGUGAGCCCAAGGGUGUUUGGUUUUGUGCCCCCUUGAGUUUUUUUUUUGUUUUUUUUUCUUUUUCUUUCUUUUUGUAACACUCUAAGCUUAUCAUACAAAAGGUCCAAGCUUUUACAGUACUUGGUUACUUAAACUUAACAUGCAUCAUUGUUUUAAUUUGUUUGCCAACCAAGCACAAAAUUUCCUUUUUGUUUUUUAAACUGACUUUAAAAAUGAAAAAACGAAGAAAAAACAGACAAACCUUCAAGAUGUGGCCACUUACAGUAUUUAAGAUAAAGCAGGACACGGCCAAUUUUCAAAGGAACUGGCAUUAAUAUGUGGGUUUCAUUGUCUUUUUUUUUCUAAUUGUGUAAUUUAAUUUAGUACAGAGUUUGUAAAAUAUCAGAGAAUAUAUUGUUUCUACGACAUGGUAUUGCAUUUAUAUCUUUUUACUACUCCAGUGAUCUGUGAUGGCUGCAGCAGCUUUAUGUUAUAUUUUCUUUUUUUACGAGAAUUGUAAAAUACAUCCAUCUUUGAAAACAUCUACUAUUCUAAAGAUUGUGUACAGAAUAUUCCUUAGUGGUGGAAUUUAAGAAUAUUUGCUUUUUUUGAAAAGAUAAGAAUUGUAUUUUCUGUUAAGAGUAAAGAUUUUUGCUAUAUUAUGGACAAAAUGUAAUCGUAUAUAUUAAUUUUUGUACCAACAUUGUGCAAUACUUGAUAAAGACAACGGUAUAACAAAGUAUUUUGAGUCAGUGUCUUACAUGUUAAGAGGGACUGAUAGUUUAUAUUAAGUUUGUAUUAAAAUGCUUAAAAUAUGCUUGUCUUUAUUUUUUUUAAAUUUCAUAUUGGCAUCCUGGUCUUUUUAAUAAAAUGAACUCUAGUGAAA